GAAAGACAGAGAAGUUAAUCCAACCCAACCCAACAACGGUUUACUUCUUUCUUUCUCUUCUUUUCUUUCUUCUCAAACUCCCUCAUAACCAAACAGAGUGUUAACAUUUUCCAUCCAUUUUCCAUUUUUAAUAUUCCCACAUUUUCCUCUAAUUCCGAUCCGAAUCCAAACAUCUUCCGUUAAUGGUUGCGUUGAAGUGUCUUCUUGUUAUUCACUGAACCCAGAACUCUUUGUUGGUGCUUGUUGCAUCAGUCAAAACAGAAAACAUGAGUGAAGAGUCUAAUUCUUAUGGAAAGGCUACGGAUCUCUUGAAUCAGCUGGAGGAUAUCCUUGAAUCUGAUGCUCUAAUUGAUGAGCUGGGGUUUAUUCAUCCAUCCCAGUUUUCCUUGUUAAAUGAAGAAUCUGGCAUUUCAGCAAAUUUAUCUGAUGAAGCUAUCCAUCAAUCAGCAGACAGGAUAGCAAGCUCUGACCAAUAUUCCAAGCUUGAGAAACUAUGCUUCUGGAACAGAGAUCAUAAAUUGGGAAUUUCAACUCAUGUACUUCUACCGUUAUAUAAAGCAGCUAAACAUGCAUUUUUUACGGCAUUUAAACAAUACAAGAUGUGUGGCAAUCAAUCUGACAAAGUUGGGAUUUGUUUACCUGCUUUAGCAUCCCAUGACCAUCUUGAAAACAUACUUUUGAGACACAGCAAGUCUCUUCUACUGCUAAGCUGUGAUUUUAUAACUGCUUGGAAUUGCAGAAAGUUAUUAGUGUCCAAGAAGAAGCAGAUCUCAAUGUUUGUAGAUGAACUUCGACUUUCAGAACUUGUGCUCUCGUGCUCACCCAAAAGUGAACAAGCUUGGAGUCAUAGGCGAUGGGUGAUCAAGUCAAUCUCUGCAAACUGUUCAAAUUUCAAAGAGAUUUUGGGAAAAGAAUCUGAGCUGGUGGAAAAAAUAGCUGAGAGAUCAAAGAUGAAUUAUCGUGCAUGGAAUCAUCGUUGCUGGUUAAUCUCAUACAUGACCAAUGAACAGGUGCUAUCUGAGAUGAAGAAAUCCAGAAGUUGGGCUGCACUGCAUGUUUCCGAUAAUUGUUGCUUUCAUUAUCGCAGACAGCUACUGCAGAAAAUUAUGGAGGACCGAAGUUACGUAGAAGAAACUGCAUCUUAUGGUCAUAAUGCUGAUAUUGUCCAAGCAGUGAAGGACGAACUUGAUUGGAAUGAAAUAUUGAUAAAGCGUUACGUCGGAAGAGAGGCUCUAUGGCUUCAUCGUCGCUUUCUUUCCAUGUGCUGGAUAAAUAGUUUUCCAACUGUUUCUAGUGAUGAAUCCUACCAUUCCAAGGAGGCAACUAGCAAGUAUCAUGACUUUGGAACCUUUCUGCAGAAUGAAUUAUGUCUCCUUCAUGCCUCAACUUCUGCUGAUGAUGAUUAUGGGGAUUUCCAAGCACAAGCUACAUAUUCUGCGAGUUACAUAUUGUGGUUGAAAGUGCAAGUGCCGAAGCCUCAUGAAAGUGAGCUCUUUGAGAAGAUAAGAGAGAUAGAUUUGAAGACGUUACUGGAUAAGUCAUGCCCAGAGAGAUCCUCUCUGUUCAAUUACUUUAUGAGCUACAAAGCUAUGUGAGAGAGUUGUUCUCAUAUCUCAAGGCAAGAAGCAGGAGUUUUGGUAAAUUUUUUACAGCUCUAAUAGAAGAAAAAUGAUUGUUUAUUAUUUUGAUUUUUGAUGUCUUGUAUAUUAGAUUUUCCUUGCAUGUUUUCUGACAACACUGAGAAUAAGUUUACAAAUAAAGAUUUAGCAUUUCUGAAGAGUGA